UAAAUACCAAACCCUAAACAAUUUUCUACACUUAACAGUCUCUCAGUGGGUAGUGAUCAUCUCUCACCAUGGUCACCUCUCUCAUGUCCAUCCUCCUUGUUUUGAUUCUCUGCAUUGCAGGUCUAAAUUCAGCCUCCACCAUCCCACCCAAGAUUGGCAAUGGCUACCGUCUGAUCUCCAUAGAGGAGUCCCCUGAUGGAGGCCUCGUGGGCCACCUCCAAAUCAAGAAAAUGAACACAAUCUACGGUUCUGAUAUCCCCCAUUUGCAGCUCUACGUCAAGCAUGAAACAAACGAUCGAUUGAGGGUCCACAUCACAGACAAAGAGAAGCAAAGAUGGGAAGUACCGUACGAUCUUUUGCCAAGAGAAAAGCCUCCACCAUUGAUGAAGCAGACGAUUGGGAGUUCAAACCCAAUAACAGCUUCAGAGUUCUCAGGCUCAGAGCUUAUAUUCAGCUACAUCGCAGACCCAUUUGGGUUUGUUGUGAAAAGGAAAUCAAACGGUCAGACCCUCUUCAAUUCAAGCUGUGAUAAAUCAGACCCAUAUGGUGAUUUGGUAUUCAAAGAUCAGUACCUCGAGAUGUCCACAAGAUUACCCAAAGAUGCAUCGCUGUACGGUUUAGGAGAGAACACGCAACCACACGGGAUCAAAUUAUAUCCAAACGAUCCAUACACACUGUACACAACAGAUGUGUCAGCCAUUAAUUUGAAUACUGAUCUUUAUGGGUCCCACCCUGUGUACAUGGACCUGAGGAAUGGGGGUGGGUGGGCCCAAGCCCAUGGGGUCUUGUUGAUGAAUAGUGAUGGAAUGGAUGUGACUUAUAGGGGGGAGUCAUUGACAUAUAAGGUGAUUGGGGGUGUUUUGGACUUUUACUUCUUUGCUGGGCCUACACCUUUGGAUGUUGUGGAUCAGUACACUGCAUUGAUUGGCCGGCCUGCUCCGAUGCCUUACUGGGCUUUGGGAUUUCACCAAUGCAGAUGGGGUUACCACAACCUAUCCGUUGUAGAAGAUGUUGUUGCGAAUUACAAAAAGGCCAAGAUCCCGCUUGAUGUGAUUUGGAAUGACGAUGAUCAUAUGGAUGGGCACAAAGAUUUCACCCUCAACCCCACCAACUACCCGCGUCCAAAGCUACUGGCAUUCCUAGACAAAAUACAUUCCCAAGGCAUGAAAUACAUUGUGAUCAUUGAUCCCGGAAUUUCUGUCAAUUCUAGCUAUGGUGUCCACCAAAGAGGCAUAGCCAACGAUGUCUUCAUCAAGUAUGGUGGAAAGCCCUACCUUGCCCAAGUGUGGCCAGGCGCCGUUAACUUCCCUGACUUCCUCAACCCAAAAACUGUUGAUUGGUGGGUUGGUGAAAUUAAGCGAUUCCAUGAACUUGUCCCUGUGGAUGGUCUGUGGAUUGACAUGAAUGAAGCUUCAAAUUUCUGUUCUGGUUUGUGCACGAUCCCAGAGGGUAAGGUGUGCCCUAGUGGAACGGGACCCGGUUGGAUCUGUUGUUUAGAUUGCAAGAACAUAACGAAAACAACAUGGGAUGAUCCGCCUUACAAGAUAAAUGCUUCGGGAUUGCAAGUACCAAUUGGGUUCAAAACCAUAGCUACUAGUGCAGUUCAUUACAAUGGAGUUUUGGAGUAUGAUGCUCAUAGUCUCUAUGGCUUCUCUCAAUCUGUCGCAACUCACAAGGGCCUUUUAGGGCUUCAGGGUAAGCGCCCAUUUAUAUUAUCACGCUCCACAUUUGUCGGUUCAGGCCACUACGCUGCGCAUUGGACAGGUGAUAAUAAGGGUACUUGGGAUGAUCUAAAAUAUUCAAUCUCUACCAUGCUAAACUUUGGCAUAUUUGGAAUUCCAAUGGUCGGUUCAGAUAUAUGUGGAUUCUAUCCAGCACCCACUGAAGAGCUUUGUAACCGUUGGAUCGAGCUAGGUGCUUUUUACCCCUUUUCAAGGGAUCAUGCAAAUUUCUAUUCACCAAGACAGGAGCUUUAUCAGUGGGAAUCAGUAGCUGAGUCUGCUCGAAAUGCUCUAGGCAUGAGGUACAAGCUACUUCCAUAUCUGUAUACAUUGAACUACGAGGCUCACAUAAGCGGUGCACCAAUUGCAAGGCCAUUGUUCUUUUCUUUCCCGAAUUUGACUAAGGUUUAUGACCUAAGCACACAGUUCUUACUAGGGAGUGCUCUCAUGGUGUCUCCAGUGCUUGAGAAAGGGAAAUCAGAGGUCAAAGUGCUCUUCCCCCCGGGCACUUGGUACAAUUUAUUUGAUAUGACACACGCUAUUGUAUCCAAGGAGGCGCACUAUCGAACACUUGAUGCACCAUUGCACGUGAUCAAUGUGCAUUUGUAUCAAAACACAAUUCUCCCAAUGCAGCGUGGUGGGAUGAUUUCCAAGGAAGCAAGAAUGACACCUUUUAGCCUCAUGGUGACAUUCCCGGCUGGGGCUACUGAGGGACAAGCCAAAGGAAAUCUUUUCCUAGAUGAUGACGAGCUUCCAGAGAUGAAACUAGGAAAUGGGUAUUCCACGUAUGUCGAUUUCUAUGCAACUGUGGGUAAGGGAAUGGUGAAGGUGUGGUCGGACGUUCAAGAGAGUAAAUUUGCUUCGGACAAAGGUUGGAUCAUUGAGAAGGUGACUGUGGUGGGAUUGGAUCGAAUUGGAGGGGGAUUUGCAGUUGAGAUUGAUGGAAAUCCAUUGGUGGAUGUUUCAAAACUUGAAUUUAGAACAACAGAACAAACUUAUCCUCAAGAAAUGGAAGAUGGAAGAGCCAAGAAGAAGACUAUGAUGGUAGAAGUUAAUGGGUUGGAAUUGCCUGUAGGUAAAAAGUUCACAAUAUCUUGGAAAAUGGGGAUCAGUGGUUGAAGAUGCAAUAGUUUCUCAACCUUUGUUUGCACUACUUAUCUAGAUUUUUUAUUUUUCCCUACUUCCUAGUGAUGAAUCUUUUUGAGUGUGCCACUGCCAAUCAAGAGUUCUUAUUAAUGGAGAGGAGAUGGGCUUAAACACGUGCUCAUCCUUUUCCAUAAAAAACAGGCCAAGAGAAUGAGAGUCAGAUCUUCCCUUUUGCUUGCUUUAGAACUUCUUCAUUGAUGUAAUUUAAAUUAGUAAUACAAUUUCUCUAGUUAUUAUCUUUAGUUAAAAGCUGUUUCAGAAGUUGAUUUUUCCUCCA